AUGGUGGACGAGCGCCGGCGGUCUCGGGCGCGCGACCGGGACGAGGAGCGGAGGAGGAAGCGAUCACGAUGGGACAGCGGAGGAGGUGGCGAGGACGCGAAGCGCAGCCGCGACCGCGGCGCCGAGCCCUCGCCGGCCGCGGCAACGACGCCGGCGGCGACUUCUGGGGUGCGCCGACGCCGCGCCUCUAAGUGGGGGGACGCGCCGAGCAACGCGCUCGCCGCGGCGUCCGCGGUCCCCUCGGCCCCCAUGGGCGCACUGCCGGGCUACUCGGGCGCAGGCGGGCCCGGUUCCAUGCUCGGAGGCUACCCAGGCGCCACCCAGGCGCACCCGGGCAACGCUCUGGCGCUCGCGGGACAGCAGAAGCCGAGCGAGUACAUGACGAUCGCGGAGCGGCAAGCCAUGAAGGUCUACUGCGGCAACAUGCCGCGCGACGGCAACGUCCAGGAGCUGGUGCAGCAGUUCAAUGAGGCAUACCUUCGCAUCAACCCCGCGGCGGCCAUCACGGGCGAGCUGCCGAUCCGCGACGGCAUGAUCAACGCGGAGAAGCAGUUCGGCUUCCUCGAAACCACGCACUCGGACCACGCCACGGUCAUCAUCUGCAUGAUGGACGGCUUCAUUUACAGGGGAACAGCGCUGCGCUUGCGGCGGCCAAAAGACUACUUCCCGCCCGCGGAGAGCGACCAGGACGUGCUCGCGCGCGUGCUCCCGGGCGCCCGCAUCCCGAUCAACCAAGAGAUCCCCGCGGACCCGGAGGUGCCGCUGUCGCCGUACCGCAUCUUCGUCGGCAACCUGCACCCGCUCCUCAACGAGGCGGAGCUCAAGGAGCUCUUCACUGCCUUGGGUCAGCUCCAGUCCUUCAAGCUCAUCAAGUCCUCCCCUGACGCGGAGCUGUCCGAGGGGAGGUGCUACUUCGCGUUCAAGGACCCCGCGACGACGCCCCGCGCGCUCGCGGCGCUCCGCGGCGUCCGCGUCAUGGAGCGGCUGCUGAUCCCGGCGCCGUGCUGCGACAUCGAGCUGGUGAACCGGUGGUGGGAGGACCUCGCGGAGCACGGCCACCGCGCGGGCGUGGCGCCGGAGCUGACGCCGGACGCGGAGGAGCUGCUCAAGCGCGGCGCGGCGGACGCCGAGAAGGGGGAGUAUCACUACGAGGUGCCGGAGUGGAUCACUCCCCUCAUAUUGAAGCCUGGGCUGAAGCCCACGCGCGUGCUGGAAAUCAGCAACGCGCUGACGGAGGACGCGGAGGAGCUGCGGCCCGACGGGGCGGCGGAGGCGGUCGAGAACGACUUCCGGGAGGAGGGCCGGAGGUUUGGGCACGUGAAGAGUGUGCAGGUGACGACGCCGAUGGACGGGGAGCGGCUGCGGGCGGAGCGGGACGCGCAGAUGGCGGAGGCGAAGGCCAAGGCGGAGGCGGCGGAGGCGGCGGCGGCGGCGGCGGCGGGCGAGGGGGGGGACGGGAAGGAGGAGGGGGGGGACGUCGGGCCUGCGUCAGGGGACGGCGGCGACGCCGGGAACGGCGUGGCGGUGAAGAAGGAGGACGAGGGCGCGGUGGGCGACGCGGACCCCGGGUCGCCGAAGCUCCCGGCGGACACGGUUGGCGGCGACGCUCCGCCGGGGGACUCCAAGGCGCUGAUGGUCGACGGGCAGGCGCAGGAGGGGCAGCCGCUGUCGUGUUUCGAGAAGCCGCGGGUGCUGCUCGCUCCGGACGGGCGCGCGAGCGGGCUGGGGAAGGUCUACAUUGAGUUCGCCCGCCCUGAAUCCGCAACGGAGUGCGCAGUGCAGCUUCACGGCCGCAAGUUCAACGGCAGGAUCAUGCGGGUGCGGUACUUCCCGCUCAAGACGUACCAGCGGUGGUUCCGGAAGGGCCUGGUACCGACGACGAACGCGGAGAAGCAGGCGAUGGCGAUGGCUGUGCAAGAGAAGCUGACGACAGCGGCGUACGGGCCGAUGCCGGACUCGUGGGUGGACCCGCUGACGGGGAUGACGGCGAAGGACGCGCGGAUGAGCUUCAACGCCGUGCCGCCACCGAGCCUGAUGCCGCCGCCAGGGCCGCCGCGGUGA